AUGUACCAUCCACGGGAGUUGUACCCCUCCCUGGGGACCAGCUAUCGCCUUGGCCCCCCUCAGCCUGGGGCAGACUCCAGCUUCCUGCCUGCCCUGGCCGAGGGCUAUCGCUACCCGGAUCUGGACACUCCCAAACUGGACUGCUUCCUCUCUGGGAUUGAGGCUGCUCCCCGUACCCUGGCCGCACCCCCACCUCUGCCCCCUCUCCCCCCGGUCCUGGGCACUGAGCCAGCCCCUUCAGCCCCCGAGGCCCUUCACUCACUCCCUGGGGUCAGCCUGAGCCUGGAGAACCGGGAACUGUGGAAAGAGUUCAACUCCGUGGGAACAGAGAUGAUCAUCACCAAAGCUGGGAGGCGUAUGUUCCCAGCAUGCCGAGUGUCAGUCACAGGCCUAGACCCUGAGGCCCGUUACCUGUUUCUUCUGGAUGUGGUUCCAGUGGAUGGGGCCCGCUACCGCUGGCAGGGCCGGCGCUGGGAGCCCAGCGGCAAGGCCGAACCCCGCCUGCCUGACCGUGUCUACAUUCAUCCCGACUCUCCUGCCACCGGAGCCCACUGGAUGCGGCAACCUGUGUCUUUUCAUCGCGUCAAGCUCACCAACAGCACGCUGGACCCCCACGGCCACCUGAUCUUGCAUUCUAUGCACAAAUACCAGCCCCGCAUACACCUGGUGCGGGCCACUCAGCUUUGCAGCCAACACUGGGGGGGCGUCGCCUCCUUCCGCUUUCCAGAGACCACGUUCAUCUCCGUGACAGCCUACCAGAACCCACGGAUCACACAACUGAAGAUCGCAGCCAACCCUUUUGCCAAGGGUUUCCGGGAGAAUGGCAGAAACUGUAAGAGGGAGCGAGAUGCCCGUGUGAAGAGGAAACUUCGGGGCCCAGAACCAGUUGCCACAAAGGCCUAUGGGAGCGGAGAUACACCCGGUGGGCCCUGCGAUUCCACACUGGGCGGGGACGUACGUGAGCCAGAGCCAGAGCAGGCCGCAGCAACUCGGGGCGCCCCCUCAGCUCCAGUGCCUCCCUGUGGGGGCCCCAGUGCCGAGGCCUACCUUUUGCACCCUGCAGCCUUCCACGGGGCCCCCGGUCACCUUCCAACCAGGACCCCUAACUUCCCUGAGGUUCCAGACUCUGGGCAGUCAGGCCCCUACUCAGCUUCCUUCCUCGAGCUGCAGCCCGGGCCCGGGGGCUCAGGGUACCCAGUGGCUCAACCUACAGCACCCUUUGCCCCUCACUUCCUCCAAGGGGGCCCUUUCCCCCUAUCCUACCCAGGACCUGGGGGUUACCUGGAUGUGGGCUCCAAACCAAUGUACUGA